UAUGCCAUUGUUAUCGAUGAAGAUACAAAUUGGGAUCAGAAUAUCGAUAGUAGCAGGCCUCCGCAGUCUCUGGACAUGACUUUUUUGGCACCUACCAACAGCGGUCCUAACGCGUCGGUCAAUAUUUUCAAGAAAGAUGCAUAUGAUAACGAGCCCCCUGCUGCCGAAGAGUUGUUGCAUGCACAAAUCGAGUCGGAUCCCGCUCCUAUAUAUGACGAAACUGCCGAUCCCCCGAUAGACUCUUCUAUUGGGGCACUGUGCCUGGCUCCUGCUACUCAGAUGAGUGUUGAGAUGGCUAGUCUCCAGAACAGCGAUACAGAGGCAAGGAAUGAGCGUGCCAGCACAAGUCCGUCCGCGGAGGAUCCUCCAACCCCUCCGGUGGUGGAUGAAAUAUCCGAGGAUGAAUGGGAAGCUGUCGAAAUUAUAGGCGAAGAGUUGAUCAACGGGAAGCUAUACUAUACAGUGGAGUGGAAACCAACACCUGUGCCAGAGGAGAACUGUGUGAAUAUGAGAGAGUUGAUUGAGGAGUGGAAGAAGUCAAAGACACGUCGACGGAAAGGAGACAAGAGGACUGGGAGCCGGACCGCUCAGCUCGCACAGGAAGCUGGAGUUUCCAACAAGGCCACAAGGGGUCAUGGACAAGGAAAGAAGAGCAACAACAAGGACUCUACAAAACGCCCCCGUGGCCGCCCCCGAAAGUCAUGA